AUGCAGGAUUUUGACCCGUGCCAGACUAAGCCCACAGAUCGGGACUUCGUGGUGGCCGCUCACAUCGGCCUCUCCUGGCGAGCUCUGCAGCCCUUCGUGGCCUCUUUGCGGCGCUUCGCACCCUGCGCUGUACUCGUGGUGUUGCUUGGGAAAGAUCCCGCGGCAGACCUUCUUGAGAAGCUGCUCCGGUAUCGAGCUCACCCCCUCAUCGUCUCGGAAGAGUGGCCGUACACGCCGCGGGAGCGGCUGCUGGAGGGCUGGGGCCCACCUGGCUGGGGCUUUUCGGAGCCAGCUCUAAGCCGUCUCUUCCCACGAAGGGAUCUUCGGGCAGCGAAGCCGGCAGAUAAGGUGGCCGGCGGGAUUCUGUCGAUGCGUUUCCUGAUUGCAGAUGCCCUGCUGGAACGGGCUUCGGCAUCACAGAGUAGAGACCGAGACCGGAGGCUCAUACUUGUGGCAGACAGCACUGAUGUGGUUUUUCAGGCAGACCCUUUCGGUGAUCUCGCGCUGCCGCUUCGUGAUAAAGUGGACCACGCCUGGGUGUUCGAGGAGCAUCCAAGCAGGACCAUCGGUCGGUGCCACUUCAGCCAUGUUGUGCUGCAGCAGUAUAGCACUCGCUUGAGAUGGAGCCUCCGCAAUCGAACAGUUAUAAAUUCUGGGGCGGUCCUUGCCGGUGUUUCUGGCUUCAGUACUCUUGCCGAGGCCUUCCGUGAGGUGCUUCUGCGCUAUCCGAAGCAGGAUCUGAACGAUCAAGGCCUUCUAACAGUCUUGGCUUAUGGUGCGCUGCCGCUGCAAACUGGGUCCCGGCUUCGCCUCGAGGUGAAGAAACAUGGGGAUCCCGGACCUGUUAGCAACGUGGGUGCUUUUCUUACAAUAGGCUACUUCGAGCACUACGAUCCGGUGGCUGUGAAGCUGCGACGCAAUGCCGACGGCCUUGUCGACGUUCUGGGCAUAGAUGGCCUCCCGUCCCCAGUCUUGCACCAAUAUGAUCGGGAUAACAUGCUAAAGACCCUGGUGUUGGAGAGAUGGGUCUACGAAGAGAACUGGUAUCAAGAGUCCCUGGCGCCUGUCACCUUUAACAUAAUUCCGGCUGUCCACCUGACCGAUGUUGGCGUCUUGAAAGAUCUCAACACAUAUAUGAGCAAUUUCUACUCGGAGAGGCAUUGUCGAGAUCCCUCUUGCUGUUUGCCCAAUUGGAAGCAAAGAGAGAUUCACUUCAUGGAGAGAACGGGUUUGGAGAUUCGACAUCCGUACCUGCUGCACCAGGCGGUCAUGAAUUGCCAGACGAUGGAAAAUACCAUGCUUCUCGGCUUUGUCUUCGACAUGCAAGGUAUCUUGCAAAGUUGGUCUCGUCGUAACAUGACGCACAGAGAGAAGCUGAAGUUGGGGCAUUUCUGGAUGACUUGGCAGACGAUUUUGGCUGCUCAGCCCGUCUACAACGGCCCAUCCCAUCUGGGCGCCUUACCCUUCCAGCCAAGAGCGGCUGCGAUGGCAGCCUGCAUCGAUGUGGCCUGCUUAGAGGCAGAGAAGGAAGAGCCAUGGCAGUUUGUGAAGGUCUUAUGGAAUGUGUUCAUUGCAGGACUAGGAUUCAACGCUAAAGUGCAAAGCUAUCUGCGCAGAGCUCGACCAUCGCCGGAUCGGCUUUGGUCACGUCAGAUUCUCUGGACAGAUCCGAGCACUGUAUAUCAGCGGGAUCUGAACUUAACCGAAGUUCUGCAGAGAGCACGCCUAAAGCGGCUUCCUUGA